AGCCGCUGCUUGUAACUGCACCUCACGUAUGACCAAACACGCCGCUGCCUGCUCGCCGCACUCUCAGACCGAGAUAAUCAAACAGGAAGGAGCGAAAGGAGCGUGAGGACGCCUUGCGCGGUUUCUCCUCUGUUGCUGUGUGUGCCGCAGCCCACCGCCCCUUUGCACCGAUGCGGCUGCGCGAGGGACAGGUCUCGCUCCCUCCGCGUUUACCUCCCGGCCCCCGUCCUCUCGGACCGUGGUUGCGUUUCUUCUUGCAGCGUUCGGCGGUGCUCGUCUCUCUUUCUGCUGGUGUGUGCGUUCCUUUCUGUUAGUGUGACCGCCGCUUCUCUCACUGUUUUCUUGACGCCCGAACGGGGAAUGAUUGGCCGGUUGAGCGGCUGAGAUGGGCGGGUCCAGCCGUCUCUGUGUGUGCCCUUCCAGGCUCCGUUUUCGUUCGCUUCCCUCUCCCGAAUGGCUUUCCGCUUUCAGAUCGCUCCUCUGUUCAUGCCGCGCUGUGGAGGCGGGUUGGAGAGGAGGUCUGCCGCUUCGAUUGAUUUGCUGAUACGGUUUGAGAACAAACAAUAAGAUGAUAUGCCUCUGCGCAUCUACUACACGUACUCGAUGAGCGCUGCAGGAGGUGGACAACGUGCUGCGCGUGGCUGGAACGUUGACACCCACGGAGACACUCGUCGCCCUCCACCUUUUCCCCUUCACCUGCCCCCUCCUCUCCCUCUUCAACCUGAAAUCGCCCACAAUUAUUCCCUUCUCUUUCGAUACGCCCCGCCACGUCUGGAGUGAAGACGAGCGGAAGAACAAGGUCAACGGCGAGAACAAGGAAAAUGGACGGACCGAGCAACAUAGGGGCGAAGCUCUUCACAUCUCUCGCCGACGCCACCACUCCUCCGUCGCAGCACCAGCCCGAGAACGCUACCAACACUGCCGCUCUCCUCGACAGUGCGGAGCCCCCGCACAGUAAUUUAAUCUACUGGUUGCGUGGGCUGCCAUUUCAGGCCACCGAGGGCGACGUCGACGCGUUCCUGUCGCACGUCCUCGCUUUCCAUCGGUUGGACGUGGGGACCCUGGCGAGCGGGGAAUGCAGUGGGAAUGCGUUCGUGGAGUUGGCCUCGGGCAGCUUCUGUUCCGAGGUGGAGAUGUUGCACAACGCCCCCAUCUCCUGCGCUGCGGACGUGCUGUUGCCGCCUGCGCGUCGUCCUCGGCCCCGGUACGUGGAAGUCGUGCGGACGACCGCCGAGCACCGCGCGGAGGUGCUGAGAGAGGAUGCGCGCCUCACAAGAGCGCAGCUGCCGGCGCACCGCCAAGCGCAAGCGGAAGCCGCCGCCGCUGCUGCUGCUGCUGACGUAUCCUCUCCGACCUCCCCCGUUCCUCUCCCUCAUCAUCCCUAA